CUUUAAAAUAUGUAGUCUUAUGUUAAUAAAUGAUUAAAAAUAAUUAUGUCGUGUUUGAAUACUGUAGUAUAUUUAUGCAAAGAAGUAUUUGAUGAAAACAGUCAACCAACACAAAUCGAGAUUGAAGAGCAAGCAUCGCGAUUAGGAAUAGACAUAGUGAAAGAGAUACAUCUUUUGAGUAUUGCUAAACAAUGUUUACUUGAACCAUUGCCUGACGAUUGGGUUCCUUGUUAUAUCAAAAAAGAAAAUAAGUAUUUUUACUAUAAUAAACAAAGUAAAAUAUCUCAAUGGGAACAUCCUUUAGAUGAAUAUUACAGACAGAUAGUCGAAAAAACACGUUCAGAAGAUUGUUCAACAGGACAAGACAUCUCAUUAAACGUAAUUCUAGACGAAGAAAAUUUACUUGACACUACAAUGUACCAUCAUUCAAAAAAUAGUAACUAUGAAAAAAAAACGGUUGCUGAAAAACGAACCGUACGCUUUAAGACUCCUAUAGAAGAAUCUUUAGAUCUAGAUGAAUCCGAAGACAAUAUGAAGUUUUUAGGACCAAUAAAGUUAAACACACCUUUCACAAAUACAUCAUCUACUUUACACAAUUUACCCCAAUUUUCAACAACUAAUACUUAUGAUAUAAGAAAUACAGCUAGUCGAAGUGUACUUUCCAAAUACAAUAUAUUACCAAGCAAAGACGAACAGUCCAAAAAGUCUGAAUUAGUUGAAAAUAUUAAAAAAACAAUUUAUGAAGACCCAACUACGAAUUUAGACUAUACUACAGGAAAAGAAAAUUUAAGAAAAAUUGAUAUAACUUUGACGGAAUCUUCUGAUCGGUCAGAAAGUACUUCAUCUGAAAUUCAAACAGACAACUUGAACAGCGACUAUGAAGAUCAAAAGGAAAAAGAUAAUAUUAUAACAUCAGUUCAAUUGAAUAAACGCCAUGAAAAGAUCGAUACUGUCGAUGAUGAUAUAAAAUCUGCAAUCGAUAAUUUCAAUGAAUUUCAAUCUAUAGGAACUGCAAAAUCAUAUAAUAUUAAAAAAGAUGAUUUGGUCAGUGAUAGUGGAAAUUCUACAGCAAAAGAUUCUAAAAUAAUACAAUCAUCAAUAGCUUCUAAUAGUCUGUCUGCAACUAAAAAUAAAAUGACAGAGAUAACCCAACGAUUUCCACUUAACCAAUUUUCGAACGAAACAAAAUUAUUUAAAAGAAACCCAAGUGAUGAAGGCAUUUUUGAUGUAAAGUCUAAUUGUAUAAAAUCCAAGAUUGAAUCGGAAAAUAAUUUGGAACAUGAGAAAUCAACAUUAUUAGAUGAUGCACAUAUUAAAAUUAAAAUAGAAAAGCAUUGUGAUUUAUUAAAAAAUGAAUUAGAAAAUACAAUUAGAACAAACCAAGAUAUAUUAAGGGAAGAAUUGAUUAAAAAGAUCGAUGACGUUAUUCAAAAACAAAAUGAUAAUUUUGAAAAACAUAUUGAAGUACGACACAAUGAACUUAUUUCUAAAAACGAAUCACAAUUAAAAAAUAUACAAGAAAAUACUGGAAAGUCCUUAAUUGAAGAAUGUGACAAGAAAUAUAUAGAACAUAUUUCAAAUACUGAACAAAUGUAUGCAGACAAUUUAAAAAAAUUUAAAAAAGAUUUAGAGGACUAUACAGAUUUAUUUAAACAUAAAAUACAGUCAGACCUUGAUAUAAUAUCUAACGAAUUAAAAAAAGAUUUUGCUAAAAAUAUCGAAAUAAUAACCGAUGGCUGGAACCAAACAUUAGGAUCGAACAAAAACGACGAAUUGGCCAAAGCAAAACAUAAUUUUGAACAAAGUACAGAAAAUAUUAAACGUGAAAUGGAACUUGAAAUGCAGCAGUUUCACGUAGAAUUCAAUGAAAAACUCAAAAUUAUAUCCGAAGAUAAAUUAAAUAGCAUUUCAGAGAAAUUGGAUAUGGCUUUGCGAGAGGAAAUCGAUUUAGUUAAAAAACGUGUUAAUGAAAGUUCUAAACAUGAUAUAAAUAAUAAAACUACGAAUCAUACAUCACAACCAAUCAUACAACCAAAGUUAUGCAAUGACUGUCCAGAAUUGAAUUUAAAGUGUCAAAAUACAGACACGCAAAGAAUUAAUUAUAGCGACAUAAGAAAAAAAAUUCAACACUGUUCGAAUGAAUUAAACGAUCUUCUAAAAUUGGUUAAUGAAAUAUCAUCAACAAAUGAAAAAGAACAUAACACAAAUGUAUGUCCUGAUAAAUGUUCAGUUUCAUGUCAAACUGAGAAUAUAACUAAUCCAUGUAAAAAAUCAAGUCUAAAAGAAUACAUUUAUCCUGCCGAGUCAUCAAGUACGCAGUCAAUAUUUAAUAACCCAUAUGUGUCUAUGCCAGAUGUUAACACAAAAUACGCUAAUUAUUUGAGUCAAGCAAAGAUGUCCGAUGAUCUAUAUUCUAACUACUUAACACCAUAUUCUCAACAACUUAACUACAGCCCAUUACAUAUUUUAAGUCAGCAAGAAUUAAAAGUGAAAGCUGCAGAACAAAAUAUAUGUCGUUUAAUCGAGACGUUCAACAAUUUCAAGCACGACAAUAUUAAUCAUAUUCCCAAUAAUACUAAUAUUUCUGAUGAAUACAAGUUUACCAACAUUUAUCAAGCGCUAACACCAAAACAAAUAGCAUUCAAUCGGACGAAACAUUUGAGAGAAUGGCUUUAUAGUACAGACUCGAAAAAUAAAAAUAAUUGAAUUCUCUAAUGAUGUUACAAAUAAGUUACUUUUAAAUGUGACUUUAAUUAUUAUAGACUAUGAUUACUAAAAACAAUAAAAAGUAGAGGCUAA